AAUCAUGCAGAGGUCGCUAAUGAGCUGCUGUUGAUUAAUGAGAACGCUUGGUGAGUGUGAGCCACAUCUGCAGCGAGGAAACGAAUACAUGGCUUCAGUUCAGGAUAAAGUUGCUGCAUUAAAUAUUGUGGGGAAAUUCUACAGUCCCCUCAACACACCUCUUGAUCACAGAUUGAUCAACAGAACUCAAGAUGUACAAACCAACAAGGUUGAAAAGAAAGAAAUCUGGAGCCACGUCAUCGCUGCUCUACAAGCCCAAGUGAAGGUCAAGAAACGCAGGCAGCAUCUGAGAUCUCACGAUAACUGCUUUCUGGGCUCCAAUGCAGUGGAUGUUAUCCAGGAUUAUCUGACCCAGAAUAAGGUUCUUGGAGAUGCCCAGGUCUCCAGAGCCAUGGUGUCGAGGCUGUGCCAGGUGCUGUUGGACUGUAAGGUGUUUGAGGUGGUGGGAACCAAAGUUUUGGGGAAGACCAGUAAACCAGCAGGCUUCCAGGACAGCAGCAGCAGUCUCUACAGAUUCCUAAACAUGGAGGAUCCAUGCCUGGAUGUGUUGGAAAUGGCGCUUUUCCCUCCCAGUGAAGAGAGUUUGAUGAACGUCACACCAUGCAGGCAGGACAUCCUGUUAUUCUCUCAUAGUACACCUGUGAAACCAGACCACGUGCUGGAUCGUCUCAUGGAGAAGCUGGACUUGACCGGACUUGUCGGUUCUCCUCCCACUGAAUGUCUUCCUCCAUCUGUGGUCAGAGAGGUGUGGCACGAGCAGACCGUACGGAAGCUGUCUCAGCUGAUAGAUCUCCCCCUGCUGGAGGGAGUGCUGAACUGCGCAAAGAUUGUUUCGCCCCCCUCUCGUGGCAGUAAUAGUGAGCCUGACCUUCUCUACACCAGCAACUACCUCGAACGAGAGGUUCUCAAGGCCUUAAAAGAAUCACAAGCUGAUGUUUGGCUGUCGGCAGCCAUAGACGUGCUGGAUUUCCUUCCGGAUCAGCUUGUGGUGGAGGUGAGCAGAGAGCUGCCCAAGUUCUCCUGUGAGGAAGAGGAUGGCCAGGGGAUGGAUGAAUGUAAACUACUGCUGUUCCAUGUGCUGGACAAACACUACGGACACAUGGAGCGCAAGCCUCUCCUCUGUGACAGCAUGGCAGACGUCUACACUGAGAUCAUGGAACUCCUGAUGAAUGGGAAGUUUGAACAAGCGUUGGAAGUCCUGCAGCUGACGCUGAAGCUGCUGUCUGCGUCUGCACGCGAGGAACUGCGCAGGCUGCUGGAGUUUAUGGCCACAGCUGCAGAUGCUGCAAACGUCCAGCUGCACAAAGAAAUUGAAAAUCGAAUGGCUGUGAAGAAGACAUUCACCAGAGCCAUCAUCCAGAGCAAGAGUCUGACGAAAGAAAAGACAGACCUGCUGAUGCUCUUCAUGCUCGACAACCACCAGGAAAUCUUCAAGAUUCCAGGUUCUCUUCACAAAUUGGUCAGUGAGAAACUGGAUGACAUUAUGAAACACGGAGAUCCUUCCAAAACUGAUACCCCGUUUUGUCAGCGAGUGCCAAGAGACAUGUACACAGAGACCAUAAAGGACUCGACUAAAAAUGAGCUGUACUCUCUCUUGAAAAACAUUGACGAAAACACCAAAUACUCCCUGAAAGAGAAGAAACGACUCCUGGUGCAGUUUUAUAAGGGCCAUCCAGACAUCUUCAUGCAGUAUUUUGGGUCUAGACCGUCUAGACUAAGCACAUUAAACCUACUUGAAGUUUAAGUUCACUUUGUCCUGUACAUGUACUUGUACUUUUUUGAAUGUUUGUAUCCAAAUAAAUAAAAAUAAACACAUUUAAGUGUCAAAUAAGAAUGUAGUAUGUGUAUUUGAAUAGCAUAAAUUUGUUAUGCCACCACCUUAGAGGGAUGGGCCUACAAGUACAUUUGCUUCAUAAAUAAUACUAAAAAUACUCCUAUAGAAGUGGGUAUGUUACACAGAAAUGAGUUGUUAUAUAU